UACAAAAGUAGUGUCCAUUAGAUGAAGAGCAACGUAAUUCGACCGUCGUGGUAGUGCUAACUGGUGUCACCAGUGUCACUACUGAAGCAUCGACAAACGUGUUUGCGUGCCACUCCGGAAGAAUAGCCGGGUUCGAACCCGCGACCUUCUCGGCCACGUUAGUAUUUCGCUCUUAUGCGGAGCGUCACUUUAGCUGCGACACCUACACAGGUAUAAGGAUUAAUCCACACGUAUGGGCGGGCUUGUUGACGGGUCUUUCUAGUCCACCAUCUUGUAGUUAUGUUACUUGACAUUUCGCCCAACUCCUUCGCAAGCACAAUCGCGUCCGCAUCCACGUAAUAAACCCGCACGUGAUCGCGAUGACGACUGUAUGACACCCUCGACAGAACCGGAGGCUGAAUCAAGCGUAGCGUUGGUCACAGUCUCACGAACACGAAUUGAAGAGGCGGUCUUCGCGUACUGGCGCGCAGCUGCAGCGGAGCGUGGGCCAAACAAUAGCGCCGGCGAUAGCACAAAAGGCAGCAAAGUGUCAAGUGAUGACGCCACCGUCAGUGAUGGGUACCUGCCUGCUGAGGCUAUCCUUCAGUCUCUAUGCGCAACUACAUUCCGAGCACAAGAACGAAAACGUCCUCUUCUCACCGUACAGCCUAGGCACCGCGCUCUCCGUGAUUCGCGAUGGCGCCCGCAAAAUAACGGAGAGCGAACUCUCCGGCAUCUUUCAGUACAACGACACCGACCUACGCGAACACUUCAAGAAGUUCCUGGAUGACGUAGCGAGCUACGCUCCGAACGUCACCUUGCUCAUGGCUAGCCGGAUGCUCAGCGACUAUCGGUACAAGGUCAAGAAAGAGUACACGUCGCUUCUGCACGACUACUACAAGACCUCCGUGCUCACGGUGGACUUCAAGGAGAGAUUCGAAGGCGUUCGCGUGGAGUCCAACGCCUGGGUCUCGAAGCACACUGGACACAAGAUCAAGAACCUGCUGCCUCCCGGGAGCAUCAACGCCGGGACCACGUUAGUCCUGAUGAACGCCGUCCACUUCAAGGGUUUCUGGGAAUUCCCUUUCCAGAAGUUGCUGUCGAGACCGCAAAACUUCCAUGUGGACUCCAGCAAGAGCGUGAUGGUGCAAAUGAUGAGGCAGAUGGGAGCAUUCAAGGUGGGCCGUUCCGAGGAAUUGAAGUCCAGGGCCGUGGAAAUGCCUUACACGGGCGGCAAGUGCUCGAUGGUCAUUCUCCUCCCGGAUGACAUGGACGGUCUGUCGCUGUUGGAAGAGAAAUUGUCAGAAUCGAGUCUGCGAACGUUGCUGGCGAGUCUCAAGGUAGCUGACUUGCACUUGGCCGUUCCCAAGCUCAAUCUCAAGGCGGGUCAGUCCAUGAAGGACACUCUGAGGGCAAUGGGUGUCAAACACCUGUUCGAAAAAGAAGGGGAUCUGUCCGGGAUCUUCGAGGAUGUGCCGACGUCUUUGUCCGAUCUGGUACACGAGGUGUGGCUCCAGGUAGACGAGGAAGGCACCAAGGCAGCCGCUGCUACGGCGGCCGUUGUGGCCGGGAGUGCCGCCCCUUCGCGAGAUGUAUCGGAGACUCACUUCGUCGUUGAUCACCCCUUCAUGUUUCUCAUCAGGAGCAUCGAUCCGGACGUGCUGUUGUUCAUGGGCUCAGUGCGAAAGUUUUGAGGACUGAGGUCGAGGGACCGUGUGCGUCGGAAUAAAAAAAAG